GAUAAAGAUGAAUGUGAGGAUGAAGAAGGAGAAGGAGGGAGAGGAAGACAAGAUAGAAGAAGUUGAGAUGGAAGUUGAAGAGGAUUCCCAGCCUGGAAUUAUUGAACCGCAUGAACCAAGUGACAGCACAUCUGCUGAAGAUGCCGACGUGGAAGACAGGUCGCUGACAUCUGGCAGCCACUCCCACAAGACUGACAGCAUUCUACACACUCCAGUUAAUGGGUCCCAUACUCAGGAUGACGAAGAAUCCCUGCCUUCCCAUUAUAUACAGAAUGUAAACCUAAAUGAUUCAAUUUCUGGAGCUUUGGACAAAGUGAUGCAAAAUGAGGCAGUGACUGAGAAAUCAAGUAGUGUGAAUGCAGCCUUAAUUGGUCCACAGCCACUGUCUCAGUUCAUGCAGGAGGAAAACAGUCAAGGGGAACCUUCAGAUAGUACAAAACUCGCGUCAGAGUAUGAAGAAUUCAUGAAGGCUGUCAGUUUCGAAGCCACUGGGGAUGACACCACGCAAGGUGAUGAGCAGAUGGAAAUUGAUGGUGGUACCCCGGUGCAGGACAGUCCCCAAAAAAAGGAAUCUGAUAGCCCCAAAAAAAUUCAGCCAGAGUCUGACAGUCCCAUAAAAAUUCGGCUGGAGCCUGGGAGUACCAAAAAAAUACAGCUGUGUCCUGACAGUCCUGAAAAAAUUCAGCCAGUUGCUGCCAGUCCAGAAAAAAUUCGCCCUUAUCCUGACAGUCCUGAUAAAAUUCGGCCAAUUAAUGACAGUCCCGAAAAAAUUCGACCAGAGCCUGACAGUCCUAAAACAGUUCGUCUGGUUCCUGACAGCUCUGAAAAAAAUCGCCCAGAUCCUGGCAGUCCCAAAAAAAUUUGCCCUGUUCCAGACAACCCUGAAAAAAUUUGCCCGGAUCCUGAAAGUUUUGGAAAAAUUCAGAUGGAUCCUGAUAGCCCCAAAAAAAUUCAUCCAGAUCCUGGUACUACAAACAAAAUUAGCAAUAGAUCUGACACUCUCAAUGAAGCUCCUCGUGUUGAAAUGGAAGACACAACUUGGUCUCAUAGUUCUUCAGAGAAGGAGAAACAGCAAAGCAGCAGAAAUAAUGAUUCAGAAUGUAACAGAAAUGACAAAGUCACAGAGGGAAACGAGCUGAUGAAAGAUAAUGGUGAGUCGAGUGUGAAACAGCCUGUAACGGUGAAUCUUGGUCCUAAAUUGAGUGUACCAGAGUCGGUCAGUGCUUUCUUAGCUGUUGCUGAAAGUGCAUGCAGUGAUCUGUCGGUAAAGCAGAACAAUUCUCGCAGCAGUAGUUCUUCCAGUAGUUCGGAAAGCUCUUCAUCUUCAGAUUCAGACGAAAAGCACCAUCGCAAGAGCAGGCACUCGAAGAAGGCUUCCAAGAAGAAGAAAAAGAAGAAGAAACACAAGAAGAAGAAACGACACCACUCACAUAAAAAGUCAAAAAGCAGGCAGAAGAAACGGUCAGCUACGAGUUCGUCCUCUUCUUCGGAUAGCAGCACUUCGUCAGACGAUGAAAGCUCUUCGGAAUCCAGUGAGGCCAAGGAAAAGGUGUCUGCACGCAGCAGGAAGAAACGGAAGGGACACGCACAGCAGGUCGAGGCUGGCAGCGAAGGCGAGGACACAGGUGAUGAAAGAUCUCCAUCCCGCACGCGGAAGGAUAAGGGGCAGAAGUCGACACGCUCCAGGUCUAAGGCAAAAAAAGCAAAGGACAAGUCACAUGGGAAGCGCCAUAAAGAAAAGAAGAAGAAAUUGAAAAAGAGGAAGAAAAAGAAGAAGAAGAAGCAGCAACGGAGUCAUAGUAAAAAGCACAGUUCGAGCGAUUCGGAUGAUGGUGUUGCCGCACUGUUGCUUCCGGAGCUUCCUGUAACUGCUGGAGGUGUGACUGAGCCCACUGGUGGAAAGACUAAUGAGGUGCUGGGAUUUGUUCCAGAGUUGGCUGUUAACUCCCACCUUCCUUCGAAAGCAGCUGAAACAGGUAAGAAAAACAAGAGUGCUGCAAAAGCAAAACACAAAAGUCGAUCUCGGGGUAAAAAGAAGAAAAAGGAAAAGAAACAGAGUCGACGACACACUCGCCAUACUGACAGUGACUCCGAAAGUGAUGAGAGUGGCGACAGAGAUUCGGACACACGAGAGGACGGAGAUGAACGGAAGGGGCGGCGUCGAUCUUCGUCGAUGCCUGAACCACCGCAUAAGAAGCGACGGCGCUCGCCUUCCAGUUCGCCUGAACGGUCGCCAGCUCCAUCCAAGCGUCGACAGAAUCAGCACCCAUCAACUUCAGCCUCAUCCGAUCGACAGGCUCCGUCUGAAGGUGGUGGCAGAUCGGGUUCUGAAGGAGGCAGGGGGACCAACAGAGAGCGACAGAAGAAUGGCAGUGAUGAGGGGAGCGGUCGUAAGAGGGUCAGAGGCGGUGGCUCUCCCAAAGCAGUGGCAGCAGCAGUAGUGGCUGCUGCUGGGGAUGGGGCAGCGUCUGCAAAGCCCAGAGGUGCCACUGGAUGUUCAGAAAAGACGAAGUCUGCCCAUUUUGAAGGUGAGGAAGAUGAAGAAGAGGCCGACGGAGAGGGGGAAGAAGAGGAAGAUGAGCACCACAGACAUUCGAGGAGUCGCAUUGUGGCCGUGCGUAGGAAGAGGAGUGUCAGCAACUCGAGUUCGGGCAGCAGCUCAACAUCUGUCACUUCGAGCAGCAGCCGGAGUAGCAGCAGCAGCAGCAGCAGUAGGAGCAGUUCGAGCAGUAGUGACAGUUCCAGGACUAAUGGCAGCAGCAGCUCUUCUUCAGACGCUUCGGACAGCAGCAGUUCCAGCAGUAGCAGCACGAGUAGCAGCAGUUCGAGCUCCAGUAGCAGCUCCACCCCCAGCACGAGCAGCUCGAGCAGUUCAGAAGCACGUGCUGGCAGCAGUAGCAGCAGCAGCUGCGACCUGCCUGUGCCACAUGUCAGCGACAGCGACGAUGGUGACGAGUUGGCGGCCCUCACAGGUGACACCCGCCCUGCCCUCUUCCCAUCCGGUUUGGGAGCUGAGGGCGAAGCCGAUGAGGAUGAUACAGAAGAUUCUGAAUCUUCAGACGAUGACUAUGAUGAUGAAGAUGAUGAAAACGAUGACGACAGUGAAAAUGAUGUAGACAAUGAAAACGGCAAUGAAAAUCAAAAUGGUGAAGACAAUCAAAAUGGUGAAGACAAUCAGAAUGGUGAUGAUGAGGACAGAGAUGGAGAGGAGGACAGUGAUGAGAGUGAAGUGUCGUCAAUUAUGUCACCUAGUCGCAUCAAGAAGGAGGCAGUCUCUGACGAAGAUGAGUCAGAGGUGUGGGACCCGGAAUCCCUGCGCGCGCUGAACGAGGCAUUUGACAGCAAGGAAGGUGUGAAAUUGGUCAUCCUGCAAGAGCUGCCAGAACAUAUCAGAACCAGGAACAGUAAUUUCAAUAAGUCUGCAGAAAGACAGACAUCGAAAGAUGAGGCCUCAGUUGAGCUGAAACUUGAGCCCAUUCUUUGUGCCCCGUCAACUUCAAAAUCGUCUGUGUAUGAGGGUGCUGGACCUUCCAGGAAGCAGACUCCGGGAACAUCAAAGAUAAGUGAGUCAAGUAAUAGUGCACGCACGAGCACAGAAACAGAGAACUUGCCGGGUCCGUCGAAACCUUCUUUAGCAGCUGCUUCUGUAGCUGCAUCUCCCAGCACAGUGUGGCAACAGGCAGGCUCUUCGAAAGUGUGUAAUAAAUCUGAGCUGGUGGCUUCUGACAGUGGUUUGGGACAUGGUAACAGUUCUGUAGCUAACAAAGCAUCAACCAGUGCUAUCCCUCCGAGCCGUAAUGCCCCAGCCAAAGCAUCAACCAGUGCUAUCCCUCCGAGCCACAAUGCCACAGCUGUGGCUGUCAAUCAGGAGAGAGCCUCUCUGUCAGAAAGGAAUGAGUCGGUUCUCUUGCAGACCCAGAAUGGAACAGUAGGCGAUGCAGAAAUUGGAGGCCAAUUGAGGGACACAGUGGUAGGAAUGGAAAAUGAGUGUCCCAUAUCGCAAAGAAGAGGUGCUGAAGACACUUCGGAAGACAGCACACCUGUAAAAGGUCAUGUGAGAGAAGAAAUUGGUAAUAAUGCUGAACUCGAAAAUUCAAUUGUUCAGAACAAGCAACUGGAGGCACAACUUGCAGAAGUGCCUCUUCUGGAUAAACAUCCACCACAGACACUACCCUCCCAGCAAAAGCCCUCUGCUCUUACUCAAAAAGGAAAUGCUUAUCCUGAAAUGUAUGAUAUGUUUGCUGAUGAACCAACAGGUGCAUCAGUGGUUCAGAGUGCAUGUAACAAAGAGAAUAACAAUUUGGAGCAACCAGGUGGAAGUGAGAAACAGGUCCGUAGGUACCAACUGAAUGCACAAACAUCCACUAGUAGCGAGAGAAAACCUUGCGCCAAGUCGGGGAACACUAGUUCUGCCCAUGAAAAUAGGAAAAGCGCCAACGAGUGUCUCGCCGAAGGCCUACCCCUCGGAAGCAGCACGGCUCCAAUGAAUUUGGGGCUCUUUCACCGUGAAAUGCCUGUACAUUUUACAGCUGACAUUUCUGCAGUGAGCAGCUGGGAGGAGAAAUUUCGUAUUGCAGUGAGAAAUGUGCAGGAGCUGAAAGCAAGAACCGAAGAGCGUCAGAAAAAAUUGGCAGACGGAAACAUUGAUAAAGUGCCCGAAGCAGAAGGAGAAAAGAAAGAAGAAACAGUUACAAAAACUGCAGAGGAAUCAAAUUUGAAUGCUGACUUCGUGAAAAAGUCACACAGUUUGUACUGGGAUGAGAAGGAUGACGAGAGUAUACAUUUCAGUUGGGGUCAUGAACGUGAACAUUCGAAUACUGGAGCCCAGGUAUCAGAUUUUGACCAGACCACUCGAGAAGAGGGAGAUAACUCGGCCUCCCGUCAGAAGGAUGAGAACAGUUGGAUUUCUUCUGAGUAUGGGAAUGGAAAGGCUGAGGGUAGUCAUGCGGAUGGCGACAGUCACUUUGGUAAAGUUUUUUGUAAUACUGAAGUCAGUAGCACUCCUUCCGAAGUGAUCAAUUCCCUAGAGGAGAGAGACUUCGAGGUAGAUCGGAGCUCUUGCCAUGAAAAUAGGGAGGCGUUGAUCAGUCAUGAGAGAUCGCAUGGUUCAACAGUACGAGAAUACAUUCCUCUUGAAAGGUGGAAAGAAAGUGAGAAUGACCAAAUAAAAUUUGAUGAACUAAAUGAGAAUGAUGUCAUCAGUAACUGUAGAAAAGAAUACAUCAUUCAUACAAAAGACACACAAAAUACGACUAAUAAUCCUCCAGAUUUGUCUGCAGCUGACAGUGGGUUACUGGAAGAUGAAGUAAAACCUAGUUUGAGUGGUGGUGGUGGUGGUGGUGGUGGUGGUGGUAGUGAUUGUGAUGAAGAGGAAGAAAAAACUCUUCAAGAAGUUGCGAAUGUCACUGAUGUAUUUCGUAAAUUAAUAGAAUGUAAAGACAGGGGAGAAAUUACACUAGGUACUGAGUUAGAGCUGUUGGCUGCUGGAAGCCCACAUUCGUCUGAUGAUGAGGAGAUUUUACCUGAUUGUUUCUCUGACAAUCUCUUUAGCCUGCAACACAUUCUCGAGAGAGAGGACACAGACGAAAAGUUGUCUAAUGAUGCCCUCUCGUCGCCUGCACAAAAGAGGGCUAGAGAUUCUCAGGAAGCCACAGGUGCCCACACAGAGGACACUGCCAUCGACUUCGAAGAGCAGGACAGUAUCUCCUCUCCCAGGAAAAAGGCCCGCACGACUGAAUCGAAGGCCGAAAUGACUUUUAGUGGUAGUGGGGUUCUGGAGCCUAGUAGUGUCGAUGGGGAGGAGCACAAUAAGCCACAGUCUGCCACUCCGAGCAGUACCCAUGGGGUCUCGACAGACAGUAAGGCUGACAGUUCGGGUGAAAAGAGUGGAGAGGCAGCUACCGCCACUCGGCACGAUGAACGCAGGAGAGAGAGGAGUCCAGACUCCUACAGGACCCAGGAGGAGAAACACAGGAAGAGCUCCCGCCACCACGAUGACUCUGACAGGCAGAAUCGGAGUGAUGACAAAAGGAGGGAAAACAGAGAUCGGCGGCGGGGAGAGGAACACAGACGUGACAGGAGGGAGAGAGAGCGGAGGAGCUGGCGGCGUGACAGCCGCAGCAGGAGUGGCAGUCCUGCAGACUACCUAUCGUCCAGGAAGCGCCGGGGUUCCGGGUCACCCGACCGCCGGCACAGAGGUGUGGAGGACAUCCCGCUGCCUGCAGCCCUGCGGCAGCAGCGGAGGUCCCAAUACAGGGCAGACGACGAGCCGCCGCCAGCCGCAGAGGCACGAGAGGGAAGGCAGAAGCGUUCCUCCACACUCUCCGCUGGUGUUGACCCGAAGCGGUCAUCUGCUAAUAUUACACAGUUGGAACACUUAGCCGGCUACAGCUUCAGUUCAAGAUCAGAAUCUAGGACCACACGCGGAAAAAGGCCUCCAUCUCCACCGCCGGCGAGCAAGUCACUGAAAUUUUCACCCAAGCGCCCAUCCCUGGAUGACCGCAUUGAGAUGGAACUGGGUGUUCGCAAGGCAGCACCACCACCACCGCAGCAGCAGCAGCAGCAGCAACAGCAGCAGCAGCAGCAGCAGCAGCAGCCGCCGCAGCAGCAGCCACAGCAGCCGCCACCACCUCCACCACCGCAGUCACCGGCCCCUGUCCCACAGUUUCAUCAACAACAGGGACCAUACAAUUUCCCAUUCCCGCCCAACUACUAUGGCCCCCACACUCCUCAAAUUCCCAGUCCGGCUCCUCUGUUCCAGCAAGGCUUCAACCCUCUGCAGUGCCAGGGGCGUCCUCAGUUCACCUGUCCCCCGCCACCCAUCGUGCGCUACACCACACCGCCACCGCCUAUCCAGAAUAAGAGGCCGCCAUUGCUGCCUACUCCUACGCACUUCCGGCCACGGAUGGAGAUGUGGGACACGAGCCCAGAGGCCAUGGCGGCCAUUAUGAGGGGCACGCCUCCUCCACCUCCACCACCUGCACAACCCCCACCUCCUAUACAACCCCCACCUCCCGUACAACCUCCACCUCCAGUACAACCCCCACCUAUGCAACCCCCACCUCCGGCACAACCUCCUCCUCCUGUACAACCCCCGCAGACACCUCCACAGCAGCACUUUCACAAUUCGCGAGUUGUUCAGGUUGGCAAUGUGUUACAAGUAGUGCCAGCAGAACUGCCUCCCCCUCCACCCCCACCACCACCUCAGGAGCCACCACCAUCCACGAUGACGGGAGAUGGAGUGCAACGGGCCGGCGCCACACCAGGCACGUCUGUGGCUGCGGUCACAGACGUGCCUCCGGCUUCUCCCGCUGAUCGGGGAUCGGUAUCGGCAGCAGCUCUGUCUGAUGUGGCGGCUGCCCUGGCGGCACGCGUCACCGCUGCCGCAUCACACUGUACUGGUCCCGCAAUGCUACUGCCUUCUGUGGCCGCCGUGCUGCAGCUGCCCAUGAUGUCGACAUCAUUGCCAGUUCCACCUGCAGGAGCGGUAGAUGGCACCACAGGAUUUGUGGCUCCCGCCCCUCCAGUCGAACAGCUGUCAGCAGCGCAGCAGCAGCAGGCUGCCGCCGUUGCGGCUGAGCUGGAGCGCCGGCGCAUCGAGCGUGAGAGGCGCCGCCAGGAGAAGGAGCGGCGUCGACAGGAGAAGGAGAAGCGCAGACAGCGCAAGCUGAUGGCGCGCGCCUCGGCCGCUGCUGACACCAACAUAAAGAAAGCACUGUUGGAACGACAACGUAUUAGUGAAGGUCUGGUGGGCACUAUUGUCGGAGAAGGAGAAGUCGACAUUGAGGAGAUGAAGCUACUAGAGGAAGCUAUGCAGGAAGUGCCAGAAAUGGAUGACGAAGCUGGUGGAGGCGAAGAUGCGUCAGCUACGCCCUCACCAGGAUCACGAAAGCGCCGCAAAACUUCCUCGAUUCUUCUCGAAGUGAAGCCCCUUCCUCCUGCAGGCCGGGGAAUACUUGUAUCUCCCGGUUUCAGGGACAAGCCACUGAAGACCGCUAUGGCAGACCGUAAGUCUGUCAAGUUUGCAGACGGCGUCCAGCCGGGUGAAGGCACGUCACCCUCUGGAGGAGAGGACCUGCCAUCACCUCCUCCACCUCCCCGCAAGCUACCAAAAGAGAAGCGCUUCAAGAAGAAGAAGAAAAAGAAGAAGGUGAAGGUAAAAAUUAUUAGACACCUCAAUGUAGAAGAGGUUGUUGAGGAAGAUGAUGAUGAAGAUGAUGACAGCUCACCCCCACCACCUCCGCCAGGUUCACCUCCGCCACCUCCUGCAUAUCCAUAUCCUGCAUACCUGGCUGCCGGAUAUGCAUAUCCUUAUGCUGUAGUCCCAGGUGUAGAAGCCCCGAGUGCAGCGUCAGUUAUUGGCAAUGCAGAUCGAACAAUAGCAGGUGGAGCAUCGGCUGCUGUGGCACCCAGAACUCCAAGCCCAACCACCGUCUACAGCUCGGCAGCAAUGGCAGUAGCAGCUUCCACCGCCUACCGACCCGCAUCCGUGCCGCCUGCCACCCCGUGAACUCCCACCGUUGUGGACUCCACAGUGUGAAAUUCAGCUCGAGCACCUCGGGUGAAGUCAACCUCUCUCUGUGUUAAACAUGAGUGUAUCAUUUAAAUAUAUUGUAGUGUCUCAGGUUGACAGUAAAUAUGUUCCAGUGGAAAGCAGUCGUGCUGUGUGCAGACUGGAAAUGUGUACAGUACCAAAUGUGAAAUAUAUAAAUUUUGCCAGAACAGAUGUAUCACAUUAGCAUGUAGAUUCAUUAUUUUGUGGUUCGGUUGCAGUGCCUAUAACAACAGUUCUCAGAAAACAGAUUAAUAACUGUGGCAGCUGCUUGAAUGUACAAUUGUGUCAUACUUGUGUAAUUAAUGUGGUAAGUAAUUUACUGGACUGCUGUCAGAACCUGUCAGAUUUGAAAAUAAUGCAAGCAUUAUACAUUGGUGAACAUUCUCGAUGAUUGUUUGCCAACUGUGUGUGAGUAUUUCACUGAAUGGGGGGGGGAGUGCUGCACAGAUUAUUCUGUCAUGUACUUGCACAAUUCUGCUGCAAUGUGUAGUGUGAGACAAUGAUGUGGCUGUGCCUGUAGUAGUAGGAGACUACCACAGCUUUUGUUGACAAUUUCUCCUUAUGAAAAGAUGUGGGGUGAAAGACGACAUUCCCCUAUGUGAUAAGGGUUUGAGGUUUGCUGGUCUCCACUGUUCUUCGAUCAGCUUAUACAUGUUUUCAUUUUUGUUAACUUGAAGUUGAUGCUGUUGUCUUAUCCACAACAAAUUGGUGUUGAUUAUGUAAGUAAGUGAAUAUUGAUGCUGUUGCCUCACUCACAACAAACUGAUGCUGAUUAUGUUAGUAAGUGAAUACUCUAUUUCUUAUUCCUUUGAUAUGCAUUGUUAUAAUUUGGUGUGUAGCACCACUGAUAUUUCCCUUAUUUGUAUGCCCAAUGCAAGUCGUGUACUUUUCCUUCUAACAUUACACAUUCCAUAUUAAAUGGAUACUGUUACCUGUGGACUCCUUAAAAUAUUUUGUAUGAAAAUAUUUUGAUUCACUUACUUUAUAUGGACUACUUUAACUGUUGUGAUGGUUCCAAAAUUGUUGACUUCUUUUCCUGACUGUUUCUGAUAGAUCAGUGGACUGUAGUUAUACAUGUGGCACACAACACUUCAUUGGACAUAAUAUCCUUUCAUAUUGUUUGAUUUUCUUAUCAGAAAAAAACAAAUUAUUAUUAUUUUUGCAAGUACUGUGUCACAGUAGAUCGCAUGUGAUGUAAGUGGUUCAAAGGGUUUUUGUUGUAAUGAAAUAGCUCCCUGUGCCUCCCCAAAGUUUAUUUGCUACCUCGUAACUUGUAUAAAAAAUUCUUUUGGAUUUGAUGAUGCCUAAGUUCUUUCUGUUGAGGGUUAAUAUGAAAAUUUAAUCAUGUUCACAGCAAUAUUUGUAAUGUAAUACUGAUGAUGACAGGUUUGUGAGUGUGUGUGUGUGUGUGUGUGUGUGUGUGUGUGUGUGAGAGAGAGAGAGAGAGAGAGAGAGAGAGAGAGAGAAGGGGAGAGAAAAAACAUAUGCUGCUAACUUUGAUAGACCAUUUAUAAAAAUUUUAUGAAUGUAAAAUUUUGAGUUCUUCAGCUACAUACAAUUCAGAAAUUCCUGCUAUUACAUUUCUGUGUGUAGAAAGAAUAAUUUACCAAGGAAUCCUUACCUGAAUAUGUGAAACUUCUGCCCAACAACUGCUAAAUCUUAUUGUAGGCUGAGAGAUACCUUAUGUUAUUAAGCAUUUCUUUUUUCACAGAAUGAUCAAAGUUAACAAUUAAAUUUAACCAUUGUUCCUGCUGUAAUGUGCAAAUGCUGUUAUUUGUAUGGUUUCUAAAGUGUUCAUAACUUACAGGUUCCAUAAUCAGUUGUUAUCUCUGUGAUGACAGUCUGUCCAGUUCAAAGACAAUUUAGUGAAAAGAAUCACAUAAUUUGAAUUGAAGUUCAGUGGAAUGUGAGCAUGUGUAUCUAAUUUAGCCGUGUUCUCUCUCUUCUCCUCUCUCUCUCUCUCUCUCUCUCUCUCUCUCUCUCUCUCUGUGUGUGUGUGUGUGUGUGUGUGUGUGUGUGUGUGUGUGUGCGCGCGCAGGCAUGCACGCACGCACAUGGCAGUUUCCUUCUUUUUAACAUUAGCUCAUUGUAUUUGCUAUUUUUUGAUGAAUUUUUGAUUUGAAUAACUACACAUUACUUUGCGUAAAUCAACAUAUCUCCUAGGUUGCUUUUCAUGGUUUAGCAUCCUGAAUUUGCUGCUGUUUAGUAGUUAUUUUCACUGGUAGGUGGAAAAGAAUGGCAUGGCAAUUGAGAUUAUAUGUUGUAGAUGUGUGCCCAUAUUUAAAAGAUAUAUGUUUUAAGCAUAUUUUGUUUCAGAAUUCAGUGGACAAAAUAAGUGAGACUGAUUGUAUAAGUGAGUUUGCUUACUCCAGUAGAUUAAAAUGACUGACAUUUGUGCUACCUUUUAUUGACACAAUGGAAAGAAUUAGAUGAUGUCAUUGUCAUGAAAGAUAUAGUAUAUUGUGGGUGUGUUGUAAUUGAAAACUUUGUGCCAGUCACUAUAUACAGACAAUGUCUGAUGAAAAUUGUUUUCCAACAUUUUAAUGUUUUUCAGCAGAUGUUUCGCGCAGCAUAUUUCUGAACCUGUAACAGACUGCAUAGCUGCAAUUAUCCAGUGAGGCAUGUUUGUUGGUUCCCAAUUGACAAAUAUAUACAAUGUUCCGUGUAAGCAACUAGCAGGUCUCUUUGUGUGCCCUUCAGUUUGGAAUAUGUUGUACUGUUACUGAAAAGGAAAGUCAAAAAAGUGCAAAGAAAAUAUUAUAAUGUUUGUUUUAUAUACUAUCAAACUGUCCAUAAUAAUAAGAACUUUGGUUGUAAUGUAAUAAAUGUAGAAUAAAUGUCUAUGUGUAUGUGUGUAUAUAAAGAUAGAUAUGCAAUUAAUGAAUUUUAUUGACAACUUGUUGUAGUUGUAGGCAGUUCCUAAUCAUGAUGAAUUGUUUGUAACUCAGAGCUGAAUGCAUUUUGUUGUAUCUAAGAAACUUAUUGUGAAAUUUUACACAUUUUGUGUGAAAAGAGACUAGAUCAAGGGAAAAAAAUGAAUUUUAUCAGUGUUUAGCAUUGCAGAAAGUAUGAUCACAGUUCUGAUUCAAAAAUACAUUUAUUAAUCUAUGUGAUGUCAUUCUUAUUGAGAUGAGCCCCAGCCUGUGAAGGAGCACAACUGUUUUGUAACCAUGAUCAUUAUGGGUGGAAACUUUAGUCAUUUUAACACUUGUGGACCUUUCUGGGCUCUACACUUGUGUAACGGAUUCCCUUCUGAACAACAGAUCCCAUGGACAAAGACUUCUUAAACCUGUUUUUUUUUUUUAUGACUGCUGCUCUCUUAACACUAACUUUCAUGUAUGUAAGUGCUUAUGCAGUUAUAAUUCAUAUACAGAGUGUAGCAAAAAUGUUGAAUUAUACAUAACAGUUGUCAUCAUCAUACUCAUAAUUGUAAUCAUAGUGGACAAUGCAGUCCAUACCACUCGUAUAAGAACUCAAGGGUAUUUUUCUGUCUCCUCCAUGGGCAUUCAACAUUUUUGUAGAAUGAAGCCUUUUUGACACCAUUUUGUUGUAAUUCAUAAUCUGUGCUCGUACCAGUUGCAUUUUUGUUCCCUUGUUCAUUUGUUCUUCUCUUCUCUCUUCAAAGCCCAGUUUCACAACCAUAUAACAGCAUAGGCACUGCCAUCACUUUAUAAAAUUUUGUUUAUGUGACCGUACUUGUUUUGUUGAUAAUAAAAGUUUAUAUCAACAUGA